UGCAAGCAAUAAUAAUCAACUUCAUCCUUAGGUGCAUUUGAGAAUAAAAAACCAAAAUCCACAAGCAGAGAGCAUAGAAAGCAGAGAUGGCAUCCAUGACCAUGACAGCCUCCCUCCUCGCCGGUUCAACCGUGACCAGGCCGUUCACAGCCCCACGAAGAGGGCUGAUCAUGGCCAAGGCCUCAAACGCCACCCAGGGAGGCAGGGCUAAUGUAGAGAUGAAGAACAAGGAAGAGAGCAGCGGUGGAAGGAGGGAUUUGGUGUUCGCAGCUGCAGCCGCAGCUGCUUGGUCCGUUGCGAGAGUUGCCAUGGCCGAUGAGCCCAAGGCAGGGACUGAAGAAGCUAGAAAAAAGUAUGCUCCCAUAUGCGUCACAAUGCCUACCGCUAGAGUCUGCCGCAACUGAGAUACUAUUUAAUGUUUGCAUAUGCAAUGUUGAUUCAUCUCUUAGAUUAUUAAUGUAAAAGUUUGUAUCAUCUUCUUGUAUCCUUCCAUUGAAGAUUUCUGUUCUAUUCUCUCUCUUCUACUUA